CGGAAGGAGUGGCGACCUGGUACAGCUGUGGGCCGACAGUGUAUGACCACGCGCACCUCGGGCACGCCUGCUCCUACGUUAGAUUUGAUAUAAUUCGAAGGAUAAUGACAAGAUUUUUUGGAAUUGAAGUUAUCAUGGUGAUGGGGAUCACAGACAUAGAUGACAAGAUAAUAAAAAGAGCCAAUGAGAUGAAUAUAUCGCCAGUAGCUCUUGCUCGUAUUUAUGAAGAAGACUUUAAACAAGAUAUGGCUGCCUUAAAGGUCCUUCCUCCUACAGUAUAUAUGAGGGUGACUGACAAUAUUCCUCAAAUAAUCUCCUUUAUAAAAACAAUCAUUUCCAGUGGACAAGCUUAUGCAACCUCACAAGGUAAUGUUUAUUUUGAUGUUAAGUCCUGGGGAAAAAGAUAUGGAGUGUUAACUGCUAUUAACCCUGAUACCCAAGAUGAAGCAGCUGAUUCUGACAAACGACAUGGUAAAGAUUUUGCCCUGUGGAAGGCUGCCAAGCCUCAGGAGCUAUCUUGGAAUUCUCCCUGGGGAAAAGGACGACCUGGAUGGCACAUUGAAUGUUCCACAAUAUCAAGUGCAGUGUUUGGAAAGCAGCUGGACAUCCAUACUGGUGGAAUAGAUCUUGCAUUUCCUCAUCAUGAAAAUGAAAUUGCACAGUGUGAGGUGUAUCAUCAGUGUGAACAGUGGGGGAAUUACUUUCUGCAUUCUGGGCACUUGCAUGUUAAAGGAAGUCAAGAAAAAAUGUCAAAGUCAUUAAAAAACUACAUAACAAUUAAGGAUUUCCUGAAGAAAUGUUCAUCAGACCAAUUCAGAAUGUUUUGUUUGCGUGGCAGAUACAGCUCAGCAGUAGAAUUUAGUGAGGAGAGCAUGGAAGAUGCAAAGAACCUUCUUCAGGCAAUCUCCUCAUUUAUUAGAGAUGCAAAUGCUUAUAUAAAAGGACAGCUGGUGUGUGACCCUGUUAGAGAAGACAUAUUGUGGGAAAGGCUAGCCAGCACAAAAGUAACCGUGAAGGCUGCGUUUGCAGAUGACUUUGACACCUCCAGGGCUGUUGCAGCAAUUAUGGACCUCAUUCACCAUGGCAACAGACAGCUUAAGGCUGUUACUAAGGAUGCUGGAUCUCCUAGAAGCUCUGUUGUGUAUGGAAGCAUUAUUUCCUAUAUUGAAGGCUUUUUCAGUGCCCUUGGGAUGUCCUUUGAGGAAAGACAGGUGGCUGUGGGAGGAGACAAGUCUGCAGUGCUGUCCAAUGUCAUUGAGGAGCUGGUGAGGUUCCGCUCCAAGGUCCGGCAUUACGCGCUGGCUCUGCCCGAAGCAGCGGACGCUGCGCCAGUGGAGGGUGCAGCAGGAGCCCAGGGAUCCAAACAGGAGCAGAAGGAAAAGAGGAAGCACUUAAUGCAGGAGAGAAAGCCCCUCUUGGAGGCUUGUGACAGUCUGCGUGGAGACCUUGCUGCCUUUGGAAUCCACAUAAAGGACAGAGCUGCUGUUUCAACCUGGGAAAUUGUGGAAGGAGGGCAGACAGAGAAGCAGACUGAGAAAAAAAGCUGAUCCUUCAUCCUUGGGCUUGUUUUUUAUCUCAGCUACUUCAGCAACUGUUGUAAAUACUAAUUCUUUCAAAAUAAAAUCUGUUGAACAGAAUGGCUAAAAAGGAUAGCAUGUAAUUUGAGCAAAACUGUUUGCACUAGUACUUGGUAAAUAAAUACAGGCCUUGCAGCACAGGUGGUGGAAGCAUCCACAAUGCAAGGCAGCACAGGAGCAGCUGAGCUGAUUUAACACCAUGAGGCCUGGGUCUGUUCUGCUGCAGGAACUGCCCCAGCCCAAAGGCUCUGCCAUCUGCCCUCACCCCGUGCUGCUGACCUGACACAGAGUUUAAACAUUGUGAAGGCAGAGGCCAGAACUUAGGCCUGUCUUUAGGAUGAAAACACUAAAAUUUUAUGCCUUUGGUCUGACAAUUCUGUCCUCUCAGACACAGGAAGGGGGGAUACUUUUAACCUCAAGGUAUUUUCUUACUGCAGUGGUGCUGCUUUGAUCCUGGAAAACCUUUACCUGUAAUGUGAUGGUAUCCAGUUACCUGUAAGGCUUGGUACUUUUGUUUGCUUUUGCACAGAAUGCAAGGGGCCUUCUGUAGCACUGGGAGUGUAGCACUCUCAGGAUCUCUCCAGAAUUGGGAAGAUAAAAUUAAGAUGUAUAUGUAUUAGUAUAUAUAUUAGUAUAAAGUAUAUUUAUUUUUUACCUGUUCAGUUACCUUUUUGCUGGCCAUGGCUGCUGUGGCUGUGGGCAGAGCCUCUCUUACACCUGAGGUGAGCUGUGUUCUAGGGCCUGUGUUGAUACAGGGCUGGUACUUACCUGGUACCUGCACUUUCUUUAAAUCAAUUUACAAAAAACAUAAGAACCAAGAACAUGGGUUCAUCUACAUGGCACUUGUGUGUUUUCAAAGUGUCUGUUCAAAAGGAUAAAGGCUUUCUUUUAUACUGUUGAGAAUUAAUUGUGUAGCCCUUUUUCCUUUCUCCUUUAUCUGUACUUCCAGAGAAGAGUGGGGUGUCUCUUCAUUCAGCCCUGGGGCACAGGUGCCUAUUUGACACAGCUGGUAUUGUACAUUUGCUCGUGGCAGUUUUGUGCCAGCAAAACAGAGUGAAUGGUGAGCAGCAGCUCAGCUGCUGUGGGAAAUGGGAUCAGCACACACCAAACAAAGUCCAGUCAAUUUGCUAUUAUUUUUAUUUCCUACCAAAAGAAACUGCUACAUUUCCAGAAUGUUUAAAAAUUGUAACAAUUCAUAUACAUUAGUGAAUAACGGAGUUACAACUUCUGUGUAGCUUUAAAACCGACAGGGCAAUUUGAAAUCUGUACUGAGCUCUGUUAAUUGAUUGACUUCACCUACUCAUCAUUUAGAUUAUAAUACCACUGAUGUUCUAAUUAAAAGAAAAAAAUCACUUAUUUUAAAGGCAGUAGCUAUUUUAAAAAUCAGUUUAAACUUUCUGAUUUAAUUUAAAAGUCGUCAGGUUUCUCAAAUACAUUUAAGGGGAGGAUUAAUAGCUUACGUUUCCCCAAAGACACAGUUUACAAAACUGCUUAAAUUAAACACUAAAACCUCAUUUCUUAAGAGUAGUCUGUGAACCCUCAUAGAGCAACACAAGCAAACACUUAAAAACCUAUUUUAAAAAUAGGUAACUGGUUUAAAAAGAAAAAAAUGCGUCAGGGUGAGGUAGUAGUCACAGUGCAUCCAUAAAUACCAACUCCUAAGGGCUGAAGGGAAAUACUUGGAGUAGCCUUUCCAAUUCUGGGUGCUUUCUGCAGGCAGCUAUUGCAAGGAAUGAGAACAGUCUGACUGGUCUGAGACACCACAUUGCAGCUGAGAGCAUUUCAGUGCUGAGCAGGAACAUCCCCUGCAGGAACCAGAUGCAUUAUGUGCUUGUUCCAGAGCUUUAGUGAGCAGCAACUCUUGGAGCUGGAGUGGAGGGUCAAGGGCAGCAGCCAUUUAAAUUUACUUUGCAUGAACUUGCCUCCCUCUCCAAUCAGGUUCAAUCUCUACAAGCUUUGACUAAAUCUCCAAAACUUUAAGGAAUGGUCCUGUGCAAAAUCCCACAGAAGUUCUGCUUAACACCUAAUGCUUGCCUGCUCUGCCAGUGUGCCAGAUCAGUGUGGCCCUGACAGUGUCUGUCUUGUCCUGCAAAUAUAAGUAAAAGCCUCUAUGCUUUUUGCUCUAAAAACUUCUGCUUUUUGCUGUGCUAAGGACUGCACCUGAAGCUCAAACACUGACCACUCUGUUUCUGCUCCUGCCUUUGACUUGCAGCACACUGUGCUGUGAAGCUACAGGUACAAACCCUGGGGUCCUUUUGUUCCUCAAGGUGUGUUCCUGCUGGCUCAUUGCUGUCACCUACAGAUCUGUGUGCUGGGCUGCUCUGAGCUCUACCCCAGCAGGCAGCUGCAGUUUUAGAAACACUUCACUGUUCCAUGAUCACUGAGGGCUGAACCAGUUCUGCUGGGUGCCACCGAGUUUCGUGCCCCACCUUGUACCUCUCCAAAUGACAAUUUCACAGGUUCAUUAUAUUUAGUCAAGAUAAAGAAACAGAAAUUUAUUUCUUUUCCAGGUAAGCCUAAUUACUGUUUAAAGAAUUUUACUGCCAUGAUAUCUAUAGCAUAUCUUUAUUCUGCCAAGGGAGAACCUUAAAAAAAAA